AUGAAUCCCUCUCCUCCUGUCAUCACUACUACCGCUCCUCAGCCCAUUCCUGCCUCCUCAAUCGAGGCGAAACUCGUCGUCCUUGGAGCACAAGGCGUUGGGAAGACUUCACUUGUUUCCCGCUUUAUAAACCCGACUGCACCGUUGUCCAAAAGUGUGCAAUCUACCAUUGGUGCCUCGUUUGUCACCAAACGCAUCACCGACCCAGACACCUCGACCACCGUCCGCCUGCAGAUAUGGGACACUGCAGGCCAGGAACGGUUUCGCAGCAUAUCUCGACUCUAUUAUCGCGGCGCGAACGCCGGUCUUCUCUGUUACGACAUCACCAAUGAAAGGAGCUGGGAAGAAAUGAAAACAUGGCUGGAAGAAAUGAAGGAAAAUUGUCAAGAUGGAGACGGCAUGCCUAUCAUCCAUGUGGUCGGGACAAAGAGCGACAUUGUUGCAGACGAUCCUUCACGCCGCGAAGUUACAUUUGAGAGGACCAUUGCCUAUGUGGCCGAACAUUUGGGAGGUGUCCAUGCUCAAAGUACAGCCUCGACCCCUCCUUCGACCACGAAACCAGGCAAUGUGGCCCACCAGAGCCCCGACUCGAAGCGAAGCUCGGGAUUCUGGAACCAGGACAUUGGUUGGGAUAGCUGCCACGAAGUCAAUGCGAGGGAUGGGGAAGGAAUUGAAGAGGUAUUCCGAGUGAUCGCCAGGAAAUUAAUCGAGCAGAAGCAUCAAAAAGACACUGCCGAGUUUGCACGACGGCAACAGACUCCCGGAUACCGGAGCGAAAACGGAGAAGAUUAUUUUGGAGGGCCACACGGUCAUUCUGGCAGCUUUAGAGUCGGCUACGGAGAUAAACGACGAAGCUGGCUCGGGCUGCCCGGCGUGGGACUUGGAAUUGGUGAUUCCGAAAGUGGAGGACCCGGAUUCGGCACUCGUGACCCCGAAGAGGCACGACGGAGAGGACGGUGUUGUUAA